AUGGAUAAAGAAGCUUUCGUACAUUUUCUUGGAGGAGCUUUGGGUGGUACAGCUGGAACAGCUAUUACGUGUCCACUUGAGGUAGUUAAGACGCGACUGCAAAGCACAGAAUAUGCGUAUACAACAUUAUCCCACUCGCAUUCCGAAGGAACAUCAAAAGCUCGUAUACGGUUCCCUCAUCCACACAUUUUGCUAUGUCACAGUCGAAUGAGAACGUCUGCCAACAUUCCUCAAAAGCUGCGGUUAUGUUAUGUGCCGCCGACAUGUGCAGUUCAGCAAAAUGUGCAACUUUUCGCAAAGUCUGGUUUAUCUGUGCAGCAAAGCAGGAGCUUAUAUACUAUGUUCAAACAAAUUGUGGUAAAUGAAGGAUUCUCAGCUCUUUUCAAAGGAAUUGGUCCUAACCUUAUUGGUGUUGCACCUUCGAAAGCAGUUUAUUUUUGCACGUAUUCAAGUUGUAAACGAUUGCUAAACAGUUUGGAUAUUUUUGUCUCGAAUAGCGCUAUGAUACAUAUGUCUUCUGCAGCUACUAGUGGUUUCGUAGCUGCAACCGUCAUUAAUCCGGUUUGGUUGGUUAAAACGCGUUUACAGUUGCACAAAGGUCCACUAUCAGUAACGGAAUGCAUCAGACGAGUGUGGAGAACAGAUGGUUUUAAAGGUUUUUAUCGGGGAGUAACCGCAUCAUAUGUUGGAAUUUCUGAAACAGUAAUUCAGUUUGUAUUAUAUGAAGAAAUGAGAGCGUUGUUGUUGAAGUGGAAAUCAUCUUCUCGAGAGAGGAACAUGGAUGGGUUCAAGUGUUUAACAGAUUCAGAAACAAAUACGAAAAACUUAGAUGAAAAACUUCGUCUGAAACAAGAUGAAAAGCAGCUAUCAGCUGUAAAAAAAAUGUCCUUAACUGAAAAUGACAAUCGUGAAAUGAUUGAUUUCUUCCAUUUUAUGCUCGCUGGUGGGACGGCAAAGUUCUUCGCUUGUUCAUUGGCUUAUCCACAUGAAGUGGUACGUACCCGUAUGCGUGAAGAGAAUGCUAUAACCAAAGGAUUUUUGUCUACUCUAAAGUUUAUUUUGCGAGGAGAAGGAUUUUGGGCGCUUUAUCGGGGAUUGACUGUACAGCUUUUACGAACAGUCCCAAACACAGCAAUCACUAUGGGUACCUAUGAAUUGACAGUACAUGUAUUGCAUGGGUAA